GAAGAGUAUCGGAAACGGGGUUUCCUGGAGGUGGUGACCCCCAAUAUCUUUAGCCAGAGGCUGUGGGAGCAGUCGGGACAUUGGGACCAUUACAGAGACAACAUCUUCUCCUUUCAGCUGGAGAAUGAGACCUACUCCCUAAAACCAAUGAACUGUCCCGGGCAUUGCCUGAUGUACAGCCAUCGGCCGCGCUCCUGGCGAGAGCUCCCGCUGCGGCUGGCCGACUUUGGUGUGCUGCACAGGAACGAGUUCUCCGGUGCCCUGUCAGGCCUGGUGCGAGUGCGACGCUUCCAGCAGGAUGAUGCCCACAUCUUCUGUACCCCCGAGCAGAUUGGGGAAGAAAUCGAAAGCUGCCUGGACUUCCUCAAGGCCGUGUACCAGGUGCUUGGCUUCAGCUUCCGGCUGUACCUCUCCACGCGGCCGGAGAAUUUCAUGGGAGACGUUGCAAUCUGGGACCUGGCGGAAAAGCAACUAGCCAACAGCCUGGAGGCGUUUGGCCAGCCCUGGGAGCUGAACCCUGGAGAUGGUGCUUUCUACGGCCCCAAGAUUGACAUCCAGAUCAAAGACGCCAUCGGCCGGGAUCAUCAGUGUGGGACAAUCCAGUUGGACUUCCAACUACCCAGCCGUUUUGGCCUGAGCUACGUCGG